UUCCCUGCCAGUCCCGCCCUCCGUCGAGGCGGCGCGGUGCACCUUGGGAUAGGGAGCGAUCUCCGAGCGAGGCUGCAAGAUGGACGCGGGAUUCUUCCGCGGAACAAGUGCAGAACAGGAUAAUCGGUUCAGCAACAAGCAGAAGAAGCUCUUGAAGCAGCUGAAAUUUGCAGAAUGUCUAGAAAAAAAGGUGGACAUGAGCAAAGUAAAUUUGGAGGUUAUAAAGCCUUGGAUAACAAAACGAGUAACGGAAAUCCUUGGGUUUGAAGAUGAUGUUGUGAUUGAGUUUAUAUUCAACCAGCUGGAAGUGAAGAAUCCAGACUCCAAAAUGAUGCAAAUCAACCUGACUGGAUUUCUGAAUGGAAAAAAUGCUAGAGAAUUUAUGGGAGAACUGUGGCCCCUACUCUUAAGUGCGCAAGAAAACAUCGCUGGAAUCCCUUCUGCUUUCUUAGAAUUGAAGAAAGAAGAAAUAAAACAGAGACAGAUUGAACAAGAAAAGUUGGCUUCUAUGAAAAAACAAGAUGAAGACAAAGAUAAAAGGGAUAAGGAAGAAAAAGAAAGCAGCAGAGAAAAAAGGGAGCGGUCUCGAAGCCCUAGAAGACGCAAAUCCAGAUCUCCUUCACCUAGAAGACGAUCUUCCCCUGUCAGGAGAGAGAGAAAGCGCAGUCAUUCUCGAUCUCCCCGUCACAGAACCAAGAGCCGGAGUCCUUCCCCUGCACCAGAAAAAAAGGAAAAAACUCCAGAGCUCCCAGAGCCAUCAGUGAAAGUAAAAGAGCCUUCAGUACAAGAGGCCACUUCUACUAGUGACAUCCUGAAAGUUCCCAAGCCUGAGCCUCUACCAGAGCCUAAAGAACCUUCUCCAGAGAAAAAUUCAAAAAAAGAAAAGGAAAAGGAAAAGACCCGACCAAGAUCUCGAUCACGUUCUAAAUCAAGGUCCCGGACACGUUCUCGCUCUCCUUCUCAUACUCGGCCUAGACGGCGUCACAGAUCUCGAUCAAGGUCAUACUCACCUAGAAGGCGACCAAGUCCAAGAAGGCGGCCAUCUCCUAGAAGAAGAUCUCCACCGAGACGAAUGCCUCCUCCACCAAGGCAUAGAAGGAGCAGAUCUCCAGUGAGACGAAGACGGCGUUCAUCGGCAUCUUUGUCUGGGAGUAGCUCAUCAUCCUCUUCAUCUCGUUCCCGGUCACCGCCAAAGAAGCCUCCUAAGAGGACAUCCAGCCCCCCUCGAAAAACUCGUAGGUUAUCUCCUUCUGCAAGUCCCCCAAGGAGAAGGCAUAGGCCAUCACCUCCAGCAACUCCACCACCAAAAACUCGUCAUUCCCCAACACCCCAGCAGUCUAACCGUACAAGAAAAAGUCGUGUUUCUGUCUCUCCAGGGAGAACUUCAGGUAAAGUGACAAAACAUAAAGGUACUGAGAAAAGAGAGUCUCCUUCCCCAGCACCCAAGCCUAGAAAAGUAGAGUUAUCUGAAUCGGAAGAAGAUAAAGGUGGCAAAAUGGCUGCAGCAGAUUCUGUACAACAGAGACGCCAAUACAGACGACAGAACCAGCAGUCUUCGUCUGAUUCUGGCUCUUCCUCUUCCUCAGAAGAUGAGCGACCCAAGCGGUCCCAUGUGAAGAAUGGUGAGGUAGGCAGGCGGCGGAGACAUUCCCCUUCCCGGAGUGCCUCUCCAUCACCACGAAAGCGCCAGAAAGAGACUUCUCCUCGGAUGCAGAUGGGAAAGCGAUGGCAAUCGCCAAUGACUAAAAGUAGUGGUAGACGGAGGAGAAGUCCAUCCCCACCACCUACCAGAAGGCGACGAUCUCCCUCUCCAGCUCCUCCUCCUCGACGGCGCAGGUCUCCCACACCACCACCACCACGACGAAGGACUCCUUCACCUCCCCCACGUCGACGCUCACCUUCCCCAAGAAGAUACUCUCCUCCAAUACAGAGGAGAUACUCUCCAUCUCCACCUCCAAAGAGAAGAACAGCUUCUCCCCCUCCCCCUCCUAAACGCAGGGCUUCACCAUCUCCACCACCAAAGCGUCGUGUCUCCCAUUCUCCGCCUCCCAAGCAAAGAAGCUCCCCAGUCACCAAGAGACGUUCACCUUCAUUGUCAUCAAAGCAUAGGAAAGGGUCUUCCCCGAGCCGAUCUACCCGGGAGGGCCGGUCACCACAACCAAACAAACGGCAUUCGCCCUCACCACGGCCUCGAGCUCCUCAAACCUCAAGUCCUCCACCUGUUCGAAGAGGAGCAUCGUCAUCUCCCCAAAGAAGACAGUCCCCAUCUCCAAGUACUAGGCCCAUUAGGAGAGUCUCCAGGACUCCGGAACCCAAAAAGACAAAAAAGGUUGCCUCACAAAGUCCUCAGUCUAUAAGAAGAGUUUCGUCCUCCCGAUCUGUCUCAGGAUCUCCUGAGCCAGCAGCUAAAAAACCCCCAGCACCUCCAUCCCCUGUCCAGUCUCAGUCACCCUCUACUAACUGGUCACCAGCGGUACCGGUCAAAAAGGCUAAAAGCCCCACACCAAGCCCGUCACCGGCAAGGAAUUCGGACCAAGAAGGAGGUGGGAAGAAGAAGAAGAAAAAGAAGGACAAAAAACAUAAAAAGGAUAAGAAGCACAAAAAGCACAAAAAACACAAGAAAGAAAAGGCUGUUCCUGCAGCUGCUGCAGCUACUGCAACUCCGAUAGCUGUUGCUGCUCCAGCAGCCACAUCAGCACAGGAAGAGCCAGAGGCAGAGCCAGAGCCUAAGAAGGAGACUGAAAGUGAAGCUGAAGAUAACCUGGAUGACUUAGAAAAGCACCUGCGUGAGAAGGCCCUGAGAUCAAUGCGGAAGGCUCAAGUGUCCCCACAGUCUUAGGGGGAAAUGUUUGUUAUGAUGUAAAUUUUAUUUGGUUUGUACGCAAUUCAAUUUCAAAAUUGCUAAAAUGUGUUUGAGCUUUAGACUAUAACAUUUGUUGUAAUAAUUGCUAGGUUGAAAUUCACCGUGUAAAAAAAAAAGGGGGGCAUGGAUAUACAUUGCAAAAGGUGUCCACAGUGUAUUCGUGACAUUCUUUCAUCGACGGCUGACAUAAUUCAUUUAGAGUGAAAUAUUUUAAGCCAAAAAAAAAAAUCCCCUUUUUAAAAAAGGGGGUUUAAAUAUUGUUGGCAUUCUUAUGGUUCCUUUAAAUGCCCCUGGCUAUUCCCAGAGGUUUUUCUUUUUUUUUCUUCCUUUUUCUUUGAGUCUUAGCACCCGUUUAAGUUAUGAUGCUUCUGACCUUGUAUGGUUUGCAAGCUUGACCAGAAAUAAGACCACUGUCUAACUACCGCAGAAGUAUGAUUGAGUAUCUCUAUGCCACGAUCUUUCCUGUUGCCUGUGGAGUCUGCUGAAAUGAAUCGGGAUUUGAAUUCUAGAAUGAGACAAAAUGAAAGCAUGUUGUUUGCCAGGACACUGUCGGUUUAUAUUGAUGUGUAACAAGUUGAUUUGGAACACUGGAAUUUCAUUCUAUUCUGUUCUCUUUUUUUUUUUUUUUUCCUUUUUGUAAAGGCAGGUAGUCACAGGGAGGAUCCUUCAGUUAUAUAAAAUUUUGUUUUAUGAAAUGUCAUGGCUCCAUUCAUAAUUUUGUCUUGUUCUUCCAAUUGGUAUAUACAACUUUCAGAGCUCUUGUACUUGGAAAGCUGGAAGGGGCCCAGACUUUGAAAUAGUGUCUUGUUUUCAUUGUGUUUUUUUUUUUUUUUUUAAACUAAAGCUAUAUAAAGCUUGUGGAUUAAACAGAAUAAAUUUCUAAAUUUAAAAAUGUUGGCCACUCCCUUUUAUUUAACUCAUUUCAAUACUGCAAGUAACCGAACUUUCUUAAAAAUCAUACAGUGCCCACGUUUUUACAUCCUCAGCAUGUCUGAAUAGAGUGAGGAUUAGGCAAGAGAAAUAAAAGUGAUGAAGUCAAGGUUUUACCUAUUUUAUAAUAAUGUAAGAACUGUGAAAGGAAAACGCACAGUGUGAUUGGAACAUACAUAUGGGCAGGGCCAUUUGAAUAUCUGGAAGGCAAGCCAACUAGGCAUGGGCGAAGAUGGCAUUUUAGGCAGAGCAGGCAGUCUCUACACCCCGGGGCAGAAGGAACCUGCUGUGCUGCAGGAAGUUAAUGAAGACUAAGAAGUGGCUGGAGCAACCUCUUGUGUGAUAUUUUUAAUGUUUGCCUGUUUACCAUCAAGUUAUUUUUGUAUAUAAGAUUCAGCAAAGUGUACUAAUUUGUGAAAAACUUGGAGUUGAUAACAUUGUAAAAAGUAAAGCAACAACAUUCAUUUGAAAGAAGUGAUGUGAAAUUUUUGACAUGAAUCUAAACUGAAGGGGUUGACACAUGGGCAAUUAAUUAAUUUGAUUAUAUGGCAGUUGAAGCAAAAAAUAAACAACUGCUCACCAGUCUUAAUCUUAGGAAAAUAGCUAUAAGUUUUUACCUAAAGGACACAAACAUAGAUGGGCCGUUUUCACUCGUUUUAAAUGACUUGUGAUAAGGCAGAAGCUUAAUGAAGCUGAUUUUGUAGGGACUGAACUAAAGUAGUUUGGACGGACUCUCCCUGAUUAAUAAUAGAAUCCAUCUAUGUGUUCAGCAAGAGUCUCCAAGGAUCUUUUAAUUUUAUAGUUCUGUGAUUCAGGAAAGGCACAGGAUACCCAGUUUCUAAGAUAGUUGUUGCUGACUCACACCUUUCGAUAUGAACAAAGCAGUGAACAUCACUGGGAAGCUAGUUCAUUUAUUCAUUCAUUGAAUUCCUUUAUUCGCUUACCCGUUUAUUCGGUAGGCUUUCGUUUCUCCACUAGACUGAACUGUUCCUAUUAAGGUUAGUCUCUAGUGGGUCCUUUGAAAUGAUGGAGUUUUUCUUUGUCCUCUGUGGUCUUCCCUACAUUUAAUUUCUAGUCCUGGACUUUAAAUGUUUUCUUUUUGUUGAUCUUCCAAAUUUCUUCCUGAUCUAAACUUCUCCGAACUAAACCAGCUACCUACUUGAUAAUUCCAUGUGGAUAUCUGGAAGGCAUACCAAGCAAAGCAUGUCCAAAAUAGAAUUUUUAGAAUACCAUCCUCUGAUCUUAUUCCUGUCUCAUUUUAGUAUCUGCCACCCUCAGUUGCUCAAAAUUGAGUCGGUAACAGUGAUGGCAGUAUUGUCCACCCUGAGGCCCACACACAAAGGCCAUCUGCUCCCAACAGGCUAAGUGCAAUCCAAGUUGUGCUCAAAACCCUCAGAACUUUCUGCCUCAGAGUAAAACCAGACUUGAGACGAUGGCCUGUGAAACCCCACAGCAUGGAGCCAAAUCUGUUUCUGCAGUUUCAUCUCCACUAAAUCUGUUCAAGCCAUGGCUGCUUCUUGUACUUCCUCAAAUCCCUCAACUUUAAUUUCUCUUUCAGGGGCUUUGUUUCCGCUGUUCCCUCCCUCAUUCUCAUCCUUUGCCCCCUUAUCUGACGGCUUAUUCCCUUAUUUGUCCUCAGACAGGCUUCGCUAACCCUCUCUUCUUUAUUUUCAUGUAUAGCAGUCAUUACCUAAGAUGCGUGCUUGGUCCCUAAGAACUUUGCCUUGUUCAUGCCUCUCCUCAGUGCCUGGUACUAGUAGGAGCACAAAUAUUGGAUGAACAGAUGAGUAAGUUUAGUUGACCAGCGUUGCCUCUCCUUGUCUGUGUGCCGCUAGGGUUUGCGCCGAGUAGAAUGAUAAAGUACAUGACCUUUGUUGCCCUCAAGGAGCAUUCGCCCACUGAGAACACAGACAAUUGGGAGUGGACAGGACGUAGUUUGGGAGACCAUAGCUUUCUACUGUAACUUUGCUCAAGUUAUUUGACCUUUGAAAGUGCUGCCUUUUCCUCCUCUUAAUGGUUUUUGAAGAUUUAGAGUUGUUACCUGAUACACAGCAAUGAGGUCACUAAUUUCUCAAUUUAUAGGAUAUGUAUACAUUCUAGUAAUUUAAUAAUUAUGGCAAAUUUUAGUUUAGAUGACCAAAAA